CAGUCCUCGGUUCUGUCGGGACUCAGCGCAGAUUACUGUGAAAGGAGGUCCGGAUUGCGGCUGCGCGCUGCGCGGCUCCGAGGAGCGGCCGGUUCCUCCCAGCAGCCUCCGCGGCUUCAGCUCUUCUCGUCCCCGCGGCGGCAGCAGCGCACACCGGAUCCUCAUCUCAGUGAAGACGCUCCACGGCUGGAAGAGAAGAAGGACGUGAGCCGGCUCUGUUCCCUCCCCAUCCCGCCUCUCUUGACUCGGACCGUGUUCGCUCUUUCCUUCCCUCUUUUUUUCUUUUUCUGGUUCCCCGCUGACAGUUUUUCUGCGACGUGCUCCGGCUCCCGAACCCGACAUGGUCGAUUAUCACGCCGCCAACAACCAGCCGUCGGCCGGCGGGGCUCAGACCUACAUGGAGCAGGAGAACGACUGGGACCGGGACCUGCUGCUGGACCCGGCCUGGGAGAAGCAGCAGAGGAAGACCUUCACGGCUUGGUGCAACUCCCACCUGCGAAAGGCCGGCACGCAGAUCGACAACAUCGAGGAGGACUUCAGGGAUGGACUCAAGCUCAUGCUGCUGCUGGAGGUCAUCUCAGGCGAACGGUUACCCAAACCUGAGAGAGGAAAGAUGAGGGUGCACAAGAUCAACAAUGUGAACAAAGCCCUGGACUUCAUCGCCAGCAAGGGAGUCAAACUGGUGUCUAUCGGAGCUGAGGAAAUCGUGGACGGAAACGCCAAGAUGACGCUGGGGAUGAUCUGGACCAUCAUCCUGCGCUUCGCCAUCCAGGACAUCUCCGUAGAAGAGACGUCCGCCAAGGAGGGUCUUCUUCUGUGGUGCCAGAGGAAGACGGCGCCCUACAAGAACGUCAACGUGCAGAACUUCCACAUCAGCUGGAAGGACGGCCUCGCCUUCAACGCUCUGAUCCACAGACACAGACCGGAUCUCAUCGACUACGACAGUCUCAGAAAGGACGACCCGGUAACCAACCUGGAAAACGCUUUCGAGGUGGCCGAGAAGUACCUGGACAUCCCCAAGAUGUUGGACGCAGAAGACAUCGUGGGCACUCUGAGGCCGGAUGAGAAGGCCAUAAUGACCUAUGUGUCCUGCUUCUAUCACGCCUUCUCUGGAGCUCAGAAGGCCGAGACAGCCGCCAACCGUAUCUGCAAAGUUCUGGCCGUGAACCAGGAGAACGAGCAGAUGAUGGAGGACUACGAGAAGCUGGCCAGUGACCUCCUGGAGUGGAUCCGUCGCACCAUCCCCUGGCUGGAGAACCGGACCCAGGAGAAGACUGUGCAAGACAUGCAGGCCAAGCAGGAGGACUUCAGAGACUACCGCUGUGUGCACAAACCACCCAAGGUCCAGGAGAAAUGCCAGCUGGAGAUCAGCUUCAACACUCUGCAGACCAAACUGAGACUCAGCAACAGACCUGCCUUCAUGCCGUCAGAAGGACGCAUGGUGUCGGACAUUAACGGAGCUUGGCACACCCUGGAGGGAGCAGAGAAGGGCUACGAGGAGUGGAUCCUCAGCGAGAUCAGACGUCUGGAGAGACUCGAGCAUCUGGCCGAGAAGUUCCACCAGAAGGCGGCGAUUCACGAGUCCUGGACCGACGGUAAGGAGGCCAUGCUCACCCAGAAAGACUACGAGACCUCCACCCUGUCGGAAGUCAAGGCGUUGCUACGGAAACACGAGGCCUUCGAGAGCGACCUGGCGGCUCAUCAGGACCGAGUGGAGCAGAUCGCCGCCAUCGCUCAGGAGCUCAAUGAACUGGAUUACUACGACUCGGCCAGCGUCAACGCUCGCUGUCAGAAGAUCUGCGACCAGUGGGACACGCUGGGCUCUCUGACUCAGAGCCGCAAAGAGUCUCUGGAGAGGACGGAGAAGCAGCUGGAGUCGAUAGACGAGCUUUACCUGGAGUACGCCAAGAGAGCGGCGCCCUUCAACAACUGGAUGGAGGGAGCCAUGGAGGACCUGCAGGACAUGUUCAUCGUCCACAACAUCGAGGAGAUCCAGGGUCUGAUCACGGCUCACGAACAGUUCAAGUCGACUCUGACCGAAGCCAACAAGGAGCGGGAGGCCAUCCAGGCCAUCCAGGCCGAGGUGCAGAAGAUCGCCCAGAGCAACGGCAUCAAGCUGAGCGGAGCGAACCCCUACACCACCAUCACACCGGAGAGCAUCGACAGCAAGUGGGAGAAGGCGAUGGCGAUGGUGCCUCUGCGAGACACCGCCCUGCAGGAUGAGCUCAACAAGCAGAACUCCAACGACAAUCUGAGAGCCACGUUCGCCACCCAGGCCAACACGGUCGGCGCCUACAUCCAGGCCAAGAUGGAGGAAAUCGGCAGGAUAUCCAUCGAGAUGAACGGCACCCUGGAGGACCAGCUGACCAGCCUGAAGGACUACCAGAAGAACAUCAUGUCCUACAUGCCCGAGAUCAACAAGCUGGAGGGAUGCCACCAGCUCAUCCAGGAGGCCCUGAUCUUCGACAACCAGUACACCUCGUACACGAUGGAGCACCUCCGUGUCGGCUGGGAGCAGCUCCUCACCACCAUCGCCAGAACCAUCAACGAGGUGGAGAACCAGAUCCUGACGCGCGACGCCAAAGGCAUCAGCCAGGAGCAGCUGUACGAGUACCGGGCCUCCUUCAACCACUUCGACAAGGACCACAGCGGCGCCCUGAUGGCCGAGGAGUUCAAGGCCUGUCUGAUCAGUCUGGGCUACGACGUGGAGAACGACAAGCAGGGCGACGGUGAGUUCGCCCGCAUCAUGGGCAUCGUGGACCCGAACGGCAGCGGCGCAGUCACCUUCCAGGCCUUCAUCGACUUCAUGUCCAGGGAGACGACCGACACGGACACCGCCGACCAGGUCAUCGCCUCCUUCAAGAUCCUCGCCGGCGACAAGAACUUCAUCACGGCCGAGGAGCUGAGGAGGGAGCUUCCCCCGGACCAGGCCGAGUACUGCAUCGCCCGCAUGGCGCCCUACACGGGGCCCGACGGCGCCCCCGGGGCCCUGGACUACAUGUCCUUCUCCACCGCCCUGUACGGAGAGAGCGACCUGUAGGGGGGCCGGAGGGGGGAGGAGGGCCGGAGGGGGAGAGUUUGCGGUUGCGGCGCCCCUGCGUGUGCCGGUGUAGAAAU